AUGGGAGGACUGGUGUGCCACGACAUCCUCAUGGGAGGACUGGUGCGCCAUCACAACCCCAUGAGAGGACUGGUGCGCCAUCGCAUCCUUAUGCUGGCGCAAAAAGUGCUUCGCCUCGGCGAGCCGGAUGUGCUCGCCCGCGCGUUCGUGGUGUCCGAGACUGCGAGCCUCAACCACCCGCACACGCCGGUGCGGCUGCUGCUGGGCGUGUACGCGUGGUCCGCGUUCUGGUCUGCCUGCCCGCUGCUCGGCUGGGGCCGCUACGGACCCGAGGGGCACGGCCUGUGCUGCAGCCUCGACUGGCACCCCGUCCGGGACGCGGACCGGCUGUUCAUCCUGGCGGCAGCCGUAGUGGCGCUCUUCCUGCCAGCGCUGGCACUCUCGUUCUUCUACUGGCGCAUUGUGGUGACCGUGCACAGGACCAAACAGCGCGCGGGCCUGGCCAAAACGGGUCAGACCGGCGCCGAGGCUCAGCUGCAUCUAGUGUCCGUCACACUGGUGCUCGGCUUCAUGCUCGCCUGGGUGCCCUAUGCCACCGUCUGCCUGCUGGGAGCCUUCUAUGGCCACGGCGUGAGCGGUCCUGGGGCUGUGGCGGUAGUCACUCUUCUAAGCAAAAACUCGGGCUGGUACAACCCCGUCAUCUAUCUGCUCUUCUCCAAGCGGUAUAGGUGA